UGUCUGAAAAAGAAAAAGAAAUGAAGCAGUCACAGAAAGUCGUGCGUUCUUGCGAAACGUCAAGCAAUCGAGGCAAAUAAGCUAACCUUUCCUUCCAGAUCAUUUUACCAAAAUGACGAAAGGUACAUCAUCCUUUGGUAAACGUAGGAAUAAGACACAUACUUUGUGUCGUAGAUGUGGUAGAUCUUCCUAUCAUAUCCAGAAAUCCACUUGUGCACAAUGUGGAUAUCCAGCAGCAAAAAUGCGAUCAUAUAACUGGUCAAUCAAGGCUAAAAGGAGGAAGACCACUGGUACCGGUAGAAUGCGUUACCUUAAAGUUGUACGUAGGAAGUUCAAGAAUGGAUUCAGGGAAGGUGGCAAGAUCAACAAAACUGUGAAAUCAUCUUAGUUGACUUCUUAAUAAAUUUAUAAGUAAA